AUGGCCCGAAUAGCAUCAACAGGUGGUGUCAACGAUGGUGACUCAGGUGGUUCUGUAGUAGCAACCGGCCUUAUUGCUGUACCUACUCAGGGCAGAGUGACGGAGAGACGCAAUUGGUACGCAUGGGCGCUGCAUAGUGCUGUUUCUAUCGUAUGGGAUAGUGGUGCCUCCAAUAUUUAUCGUCUCGGCUAUAUGGGGUUGGUAGAUCUGAAAGAUGAACCUUAG